UCCGUUUGGAAUUGCUAGAUCCCCCUCUAGGCUUCAAUUGAGGUGUGGUUGACCGUUGAUUGAAUCCUUUGAUCGGGUUUGACGCCUAAAAACACAAGAAUUGGUAAUUUUUGGGGUACAACGGCCCAUAUCUAGUUUGAAUCAUGGCUGCUAUACGAAAGAAAUUAGUUAUAGUAGGAGAUGGUGCCUGUGGUAAAACAUGUCUUCUGAUAGUUUUUAGCAAGGACCAAUUUCCUGAAGUCUAUGUGCCAACAGUCUUUGAAAAUUAUGUAGCAGAUAUUGAAGUUGAUAACAAGCAGGUUGAACUUGCUCUGUGGGACACAGCUGGCCAGGAAGAUUACGACAGACUUCGACCUCUAUCUUACCCAGACACAGAUGUCAUUCUUAUGUGCUUCUCCAUAGACAGUCCUGACAGUUUAGAGAAUAUCCCGGAAAAAUGGACCCCAGAGGUCCAUCAUUUUUGCCCCAAUGUGCCAAUAAUUUUGGUUGGAAACAAGAGAGAUCUUCGAAAUGAUGAGAACACAAAGAGAGAAUUGCUGAAGAUGAAACAAGAGCCUGUGAAGUACGAAGAAGGGAAUGCUAUGGCAACUAAAAUUGGUGCUAAUCACUAUUUAGAAUGUUCAGCAAAGACCAAAGAUGGAGUACGAGAAGUUUUUGAAUCUGCAACCAGGGCAGCUUUGCAGGUUGAACUUGCACUGUGGGACACGGCUGGCCAGGAAGAUUACGACAGACUUCGACCUCUAUCUUACCCAGACACAGACGUCAUUCUAAUGUGCUUCUCUGUGGACAGUCCUGACAGUUUAGAGAACAUCCCUGAAAAGUGGACCCCAGAGGUCCGCCAUUUCUGCCCCAAUGUGCCGAUAAUCCUGGUGGGAAACAAGAAGGAUCUACGCAAUGACGAAAACACCAAGCGCGAGUUGAUGAAGAUGAAACAGGAGCCGGUUCGACCAGAGGAUGGACGAGCCAUGUCGGAGAAGAUCAACGCUUACUCCUAUUUGGAGUGCUCCGCCAAAACCAAGGAAGGCGUCCGCGAGGUCUUUGAAACGGCAACCAGAGCUGCACUGCAGGUCCGCAAAAAGAACAAGGCACGCUGUAUUUUAUUGUGAGGACUGGGGAUUGUAUAACAUUCAUGCUAGCUUUCAACUCUUACUCAUCAUACCUGGGAACUUUAUGCAUCGUCAUAUGUAUAAUUGCAGAUAUUAUAUAUAUGAUUAUAAACACUUUUGCCUUACAAGUCUUGCAUGAAAUUAGUAAGAUUGUCUUAAAGACGUGUUAAUGUAACACUUUUGAUAGAUGCUGUAAAUGAUGAAAUAAUGUUGAGCACUGAAUAUUAUUUAGCAAGACCAAACGAAAGGCUAAAGUAAUAAAUUGGCCAUGCUGUGUGAAGUUCAUGAAAUAGUGUAAUAAAUCAAGCAAUAUUGAUUAGAAAUUGGUCUUUGCUAACAUUUAAGAUCAUUUACAUUUCAUGAUUUACUGUAUUUGGAAUGGAAAAUAUUGGAUUUUGUAAAUGAAAAAACUAAAGUAUUUCUUUGUAAACUUGUUCAUAAAGGGAUUUGUCAAAGUGCUCCAAAAGGUAACAUAUAGAAAUCAAUAAUUAUAUUAUGUAUCAAAGCUAUAACAAUUUUAUUUCUUGCCUGCAUGUUUGGCUAAUCAUUCCAUUGGUUGAUCUUUUGUACAAAAUAGCAAUGCUGCACUUUAUGCACUUGUAAAAACGGGAAAAAACCCCUCUUAAAUUAACCAAUAACCUUUUUUGUUGUUGCAGUAUAUACAUGAUGUUGUAUAUUUCUGUAUACCCUACAUUGGUUGUGUGUCCAUAGUGUAAAGCAUAAGGUUUUAUCACUCCAAGGGUUGUAAGUGUUUAAGAAUAACAUGCAACAAAACUCACACUGUAAGCAAAGUGCAGACUGAGUUUUGUUCUCUUAAAUUUCAUCUUUGACUUAUUUAUAAUCAUACUAGUUCAGUAUUUGUAUACCCAUUUUUCAUUGUUGGAUCUAGUCCUGUACUUAAAAAACUUUCAAAGUUAAGUCUGAGACUUCACCGUCAUGGCAGAGUGUAUGAGUGUGACCUAUUUGAGAUUUAAGUCCAGAAUGUAAAGUUUUAUAAGGAUGGACCCUGGUUGCUGGUAAUAUUCUUGAGAUGUAUCAACUGACUAACUGAACACUGAUUAUUUAUGCCACACUCAUACAUUGCAGUUGUCAAUACCAGUACCAACAUUUACUACUUAAAUUAUUCAUGUUGCAAGAUGGGUCAAAUUCAUUAUAAUUUUUGUGACCUUGGAUUGAUCUAGACUGACUAGUGUACUCUAAAUGUAUAGGUUUUAUUAUGAAGGAGAAAAAGUCUAAGUUAAAAGUGCAUUGAUCUGUACAUUGAAUCUGAUAACUCAUUGCAUGACAUUUUUACACGACAUACACAUAGACAUAGACAUAAUGUUCGUAUAAUCCAAGUUGAUUAAUCUUCAUUGCUCAUGAACCUUGUAUCAUUCAAUCUACAAAAUUUGAUUUUUGUUUAAUCAAGUUCUCUAAAUGUAACAGAGCUCUGAAAAUGGAAAAUAUUUGAAAAAUAGAAAUAACUGUCAAAUGUUGAAACAGUAGCUUGUCUUGAGUGAUUUGCUUUUUGUGCCUCAUUUUUCUGUGAAUAAACAUCUUCUUCAUAUAGAAGUGGAUUUUUCUCGUAGUCACUGUAAACAUGUACUUUUUUUCGGCAUUAAAUGAUGACUUGUUCCAGUAAUUGUUUAAGAGAUUAUGCCUGGUAGAAUCGGUAUGUACCAGCUGUCUUAAUGUUUUUGGGUGUCUGUCUAUGUUUUGUAGAACUAGUACUUUUAAUGGUGGAAAAUAAUAUAUCUGUACUUUCAGAUGUACAAUAUCUUUAUUUUAUCAAAAAUAAUUUGUGAUUUUUUUUUUCAUCAUUUGCAUGACAAAAUGUAAGAUUAUGUUGGUGUGUUUUUGAUAUGUUUUUGUCAUUAAUGCAUGAAAAAAUGUUCUCAUAAAAGGGGCUCUAUCAUAGUUGCCUAAUGACUGCUUAUCACUAAAAUAUUAGACAGUUUUGAAAUAAAUAAAAAAUUAUAGUAGCAAAAGUUUAAUUUUGGUUGUAAAAUCUAGAGGGUGACAUGACACAGCUAUUUCAUACAUGUUUUGCAUCCAAAAUUCCUUCUCCAUAAAUGACUGGUUACUGUUUUUAAUUUAUAAGCUUUUUUGUUAUUUUUUUAUUUUAUUUUUUAUCCAGAAUUCUUAGGAAGUCAUCAGUUAUGACAAAUUACAGCUCAUUAAUAUUUUGAUAUUCUCUAGUUACUUACACAGAGAUUAUGUGUGGAUCGCUUAAUUUGUAGUUAUUUAUCACAAAUAAAUGUAAAAAAUAUUAAUUAUGGCACCUGUGACCUCAAUAAUGCACAUUUGAAGGUUUAUCAAGAAUUAAACAAAAGGGGGAAAUUGUACAGAAAAUUCACUUUUGUCAUACAUGUGUUUAAAUAAUUAAAAUAUAAAUCUUUAUAUAUUUAUGGAGAACACAGAACAAAGAUUUAUUUUACUGUUUGUUAUUAGGUGUGUAGUAUAGUAUUGUUUAUUAGACGCCAACCUUAGAUACUUAAUGCAAUUUGUUAGACAACUAGAGUAAUGUUCUGAAACUACAUUUUAAAGGCAAACUGUUGCUGAUUUAAGGACCUUAUUUCUCCAAAAAUGGAUAAUAAAUAAAAAUUACAUUAAUUGUUGGAAACCAAAUCUAGCUAUCACAUCACCUUCACUGAACCAUGAUGGAGUGAAACCAUGUCAUCCUUCUCGUCAAUUUUAGGUUUUGAAUUAUGGACCAUUGCCAUAAUUAAAUUAUUUUUACAAAAUGUCCUUAUGAAGAUGGUUGAAUAAAGUACAUUUAGGGACAAAUCAAAUUAUUUUUGUUCAGGUAAUACUUUGUUAGACCAUUAAAUAGGUCAGUGGUCUGUGACAAUAUGCCUUUAAACAUCAUUGUAAUUCAGUUUUAAUACACAGCAGACACAAGCUUGCUUUAUUCAUUUAUCAUUUUAAAUAUUUUGCUUAUUGGAUACAUUUAUAGACCGUUUUAAUUAUAGGACCUUUGCAAGUGAAGGUUUCUGAAUUUGAAAUGUAAUCAACAUAACUGUUCAUAGAACUUAAUAAAUUGAUUAUGCAAUUGGAAA